AUGCUGGAAGCAGCUCGCGACCUCACGAUCGAAGCUGCUCAGUCUGCCAGCAGCAGUGGAGCCCUGCGCUCAACCGGCUCCGUGCGGAAUUCUUCGUCUGCUCAAAUCAAGAAACUGCUGGACAGUCGCAAUGAUCGGGACAUCUUGGAGGGGCUCCGCAAGGUUAUUUCGUCGAUGUACCAGUCUGAAUCGUGCUUGCAAUAUUUCUCGCCCGUUGUCAAAAACGCCGCAAACCCGAAUAUCGAGGUGAAAAAGCUGGUCUACAUCUAUCUCCUCCACCAAGCCGAAGCGGAGCCAGACCUCGCCUUGCUUUCCAUCAAUGCGAUCCAAAAGUCGCUGACAGACUCCAGCCCGCAGGUUCGGGUCAUGGCCCUGCGAACCAUGUCGGGAAUCAGGGUCCCUGUCAUCAGCCAGAUUGUUUCACUGGCCAUCAAGCGCGGCGUGGGAGACAUGAGUCCGCAUGUGCGCAAAGCCGCCGCCCUGGCUAUUCCGAAAUGCUAUCGACUCGAUCCAGGCACCCUUCCACAGCUCACGGGAUAUCUCUCGACUUUAUUAGGUGACAGCCAGUACUUUGUUGUCGGCCCCGCGGUCUCGGCGUUUCUUGAUGUUUGCCCCGAUCAGUUGGACUUGAUUCAUGAGCAUUACCGCAGCCUUGUCAAGAAGCUGGUAGAUAUGGACGAAUGGAGUCAGCUGGCUACGUUACGCUUGUUGACUGUUUAUGCAAGAAAAUGCUUCCCCCGGAAAACACAGAGAGUGAAGAAAUCCGAAGCCAAGGGAUUCUAUGACGACGAUGACGAUGCUUCGGCCAACGAGAUCACCAAUGGUGACGAGACUGGUGAAGAAGUUCUAGUGAUAGACCCUGACCUGGAGCUUUUUCUGCGUGCCUGUCGGUCGCUACUACAAAGCCGUACCUCUGCUGUGAUUGUUAGCAUCGCGCGUUGCUUUCUCUACCUCGGCACAUCCGAAUACCUGGAGAGUGCUGUUGGACCCUUAGUAGCGCUACUUCGCUGCCCGCAGGAUAUUCAGUAUGUCGCUUUAUACAAUAUCGUUGCCGUUGCUUUGAAAGCACCCAAGCCAUUUAUCAAAUACGCCUCUCACUUUUUGGUCCAUUCGAUUGACCCACCACAUAUCUGGCGCCUGAAGCUCGAGGUGCUUACCUUGAUCUUCCCGCACCUUGGAAUGCAUUAUAGAGGCAUCAUCCUUAGCGAACUCGAGCACUUCUCAAACUCGCCAGACCCUGAUUUGGUACGAGAAAGUGUGCGUGCUAUUGGACGGUGCGCGCAGAGCGACGCGCGGGCCUCAAACUACUGCUUGCGGCUUCUGUUGAGCCAGAUUUCCAGUGUUGAUGAGAAUGUUGUGUCUGAGUCCUUGACUGUCAUUCGCCAUUUAAUUCAACAAGAUCCCGGUGCUCACAAACAAACCGUGGUUCGCCUAGCUAGCUAUCUCGACACAACGGCGAGCUCUGGAGCAAGGGCCUCUAUCAUCUGGCUUGUCGGCGAAUACGCGGCUUCCGAGCUGGAGAAUAACAUUGCUCCAGACGUGCUACGCAUACUAGCCAAGGGAUUCGCGGACGAAACCGAAGAAGUCAAACAACAAAUUGUGCUACUCGCAGCAAAAGUCUAUCUCCACCACCUACUCCAAAACCCUCUUCCAGAAGAAGAACAGCAAAAGGAAAAUGCCCAACCCGAGCCGGUCCCCGGUAACGAAUGGGCAGAUACCCAGAAUGAUGAAGACAACAACAGUGACCAACACACUCCGGAACCAACUGCACCCGAGCAACAACCGGAAGAAGACCGCAUAGCGCUCCUGUGGAGAUACAUCCUCCUUCUCACGAGAUACGACACUUCAUACGAUCUUCGCGAUCGUGCACGCAUGUACAGGGGUCUCUUGUCAGACCCCCGAAACACCCAACUAGCCAGCCUACUGCUUCUCGCUCCCAAACCUGUUCCGCAUGCGCCCAGUCCAUCAGACACACGAAAGGGUCUUGUUAUUGGAACAUCUACGCUCGUCAUAGGUCCUGAUUCCGGAACCCACGGCCUGACCGGCUACGAGCCUUUGCCAGACUGGGUAUCGGCCGGACAAGAGCCCGACAGAGCCCUACGCGAUGUCGGCUUAAUGAUGGAGUCUUCUGUAGAGCGCGGAGGAAGCGCUGCGGGUUUGACGGCUGGUCAACGUUUGGAUAAGGCUGUCAAGGAACACGAGAUUAGCGUUGCGUCCGACGCCGCACGCCCGCGACAGCGUGGCGGACCAGCAGUACCGGGCGGCAGUCGGCCAGUGGAGAAAAAGAGUCUGAAUGAUUGGCUCGAAGAGGAAGACGAAGAGGAGGAAGAAUCAGAAGAAGAGGAUGAUGAUGAUUCAGAAGAAGAGUCUGGCUCUACCGAGUAUGAAACCGACUCGGAAGAGGAAAAAACAGAUUCAGAAGAAGAGGAUGACGAUGGCGAGAACGAAGAUGUCUCGGCACAGCAAGGCCUUUUGAAGAAAUAG